UUUUGAAGAUCUCCAUUAUUCCUUUGGAGAAAUAUAUUCUGCCUUUCCCAAAUUAUUUCUUUCUCUGGAUUCUUCCCACAAAGAAAAGAUGCUUCCAACAUACCUUGCCCUUUGCUGCCAAAAGGAAAAAAAAAAAAAGGCAACAUUGAAAAGAUGAAGCUAAAUAACUGCCCCCCCUCCAACGCACAUGUUCUUGGGAACAAACUUAGUUGAACUCACUGCAUUCAGGUUUUUUUUUAAGUAGCUUUGCACAGAUUUUAGUCCAAAAGGAAUUUCUCUUUUGCUUCUAUUAAAUUUCUUCACCGCGAAAGAAAAACAACUCCAGAGUAAAGGCAUACUGUAGUAAGAAUAUAAAUCGUCCUUGAUUUUCUUUUAACGCCACCUUCCCGAAUUGUAGAGUUCUCCUUUUUUCCGUCUCUUGGCUGAGGUUGCGCCCAGUCCAGCUGACAAUGCGGGAACUUUGCCCUUUAUAUGCAAUGCUAACCUUGACGUUACAAUCCAUAUAAGUCGGCCUCGCAUUUCGCUCCAAUAUCGGCGCCCUGAAACUUGCAGUUGCAAUUCCCAAGGUUUUUUCACGCCCGCGCAGUGGGCUGAUUUUCCCCAUCGAAAGAGCUUUGCAGGAUUAUCACACGCCGUCCCUGGCUGCUUCUGUGUAUUUUACCAGCGGGAGGGACUUAGUCAGCAAAUCCUGCUCGGAGGAGCUUUAGCCAAUGAGGAACCUCGCCCUGCUUGCUAGGGGGGCUUCGGAGUUGGCGCUGGACGCCUGCAGAAAUGCGAGGCGGUUCUUUUGCUGGGGCUGCUAGCAAAAUGGGGUCCGGCAACAGAGGUGGUGACUUAGCUCGCUCGGCAAUUGGCGGGAUUCCGUAGAAUGCAUCCAUCAUGUAGCCUCGCCUGCCCAACCCCAUGGAUCGAGAGGACUGUUUACCCCACACUUUUGCAUAAAUACAUCUUUGCCGCUGGAAGAUGAAAUGCUUUUCCCGCUACCUGCCUUACCUCUUCCGACCUCCGAACACCAUCCUCUCUUCCAGCUGCCACACAGAAGGGCAGAGAAGCAUGUUAGUCUCAAUGCAGCUCCCCUUCCCUCCUCGCCGCUAAUCUCAGUCGUGGUGGGGCGAUGAUGGAUACUUGCCUGCCUGUUCUCACUUCCCACAAAAGUAAGCCCGCUGUCAAUGGAGGAGGACAUUGAUACCCGCAAGAUAAACAACAGUUUCCUGCGCGAUCACAGCUAUGCAACAGAAGCUGACAUUAUCUCGACAGUAGAAUUCAACCACACAGGAGAAUUACUAGCGACAGGGGACAAGGGGGGUCGUGUUGUAAUAUUUCAACGUGAGCAGGAGAGCAAAAAUCAGCCCCAUCGCAGGGGAGAAUAUAAUGUUUACAGCACAUUCCAGAGCCAUGAACCUGAGUUCGAUUACCUGAAGAGCUUAGAGAUAGAGGAAAAGAUCAAUAAAAUACGAUGGCUCCCACAGCAGAAUGCAGCCUAUUUCCUUCUCUCCACCAAUGAUAAAACUGUGAAACUAUGGAAAGUCAGUGAACGAGAUAAAAGACCAGAGGGCUAUAAUCUCAAAGAUGAAGAUGGACGCAUUCGAGAUCCCACCACAAUUACCACACUACGGGUACCUGUGCUAAGGCCCAUGGAUUUAAUGGUGGAGGCAACUCCCAGAAGAGUCUUUGCAAAUGCACAUACCUAUCACAUCAAUUCCAUCUCUGUAAACAGUGACUAUGAAACCUAUAUGUCAGCAGAUGACUUGAGGAUAAACUUAUGGAACUUUGAAAUAACCAAUCAAAGUUUUAAUAUUGUAGAUAUAAAACCAGCAAACAUGGAAGAGUUGACAGAAGUGAUUACAGCUGCAGAAUUCCAUCCGCAUCACUGCAACACCUUCGUCUAUAGCAGCAGCAAGGGGACAAUAAGAUUGUGUGACAUGAGAACGUCUGCUUUGUGUGACAGACACUCCAAAUUUUUUGAAGAGCCUGAAGAUCCAAGUAACAGAUCUUUUUUUUCGGAGAUCAUCUCUUCAAUUUCUGACGUAAAGUUCAGCCAUACUGGGAGAUACAUCAUGACCAGGGAUUAUCUCACUGUCAAGGUGUGGGAUCUAAAUAUGGAGAACAGACCUAUUGAGACAUAUCAGGUUCAUGAUUACCUCCGCAGCAAGCUGUGCUCCCUUUAUGAGAAUGAUUGCAUUUUUGAUAAAUUUGAAUGUGUAUGGAAUGGGUCAGACAGCGUCAUCAUGACUGGCUCCUACAACAAUUUCUUUAGAAUGUUUGAUCGCAAUACCAAGCGUGAUGUGACUCUUGAAGCCUCAAGAGAAAACAGCAAACCCCGUGCCAUCCUGAAGCCUCGCAAAGUUUGUGUUGGGGGCAAAAGGAGGAAAGAUGAAAUUAGCGUGGACAGUCUGGACUUUAGCAAAAAGAUCCUGCAUACAGCUUGGCAUCCUUCAGAAAAUAUAAUAGCAGUGGCCGCAACAAAUAACCUGUAUAUAUUUCAAGACAAGGUUAACUAGGAGGGAGAAAGGAUGCUCCUUUGGGAAUCUAAUAUUCUGGAGAUUAGCAAACAAAAGUUUUUUUUAAAAAAAAAUUGUCCUGUUUUCUUCUUCUCGUUUUGUUUUUUGUUUUUUGUUUUUUUUCAUCAUUCCUCUGCAGACACUAACUGUGUAGAGGUAAACUCUCAGAUUCCAACAUUUAUUGCUUUCCCCCCAAUAUAAAGAAAUUGGAUGGCAAAGCAAAUUAGGAACAGUUGAAUUUUAAGUAAUUAAAGCGACCAAGCUGCUACCACAACAGUGAGCUUGAAAUCUGUAUGCUUUCAUUUCCCCAGUAGUUACUGAUAAAUUUAAUUCCUUUACAAAUAUAAUUUGUAAUCUAGAACCAAAGUAAGAUUACUAAAUUAUAUUUAUGAAAAAAGAAAACAAAACUCAGCCAAGGCCAUGAAACAAAGAUGCAUUGGAUUAAGCUAUCUCUUUUUUUAAAAAAAUUACUUGGAGAUUUUUCUUUUGUUUUACAUUGUUUGGAAACAGGAAUUAAGAUACCCGUUGGUUCAUUUCUUGUAAUUGAUCAUUUACCUUUUUAAAGUGGUGUGUUCCUUUUAUUAACUCAGGGCCUUUCCAGAUGAUCAUUUAUUGUGCGCAUUUACCACACAAUGAAUGUUUUCCUGUAACUCAGUUCUUGUGAGAGAUAAAUCUUUUUUUUUUUUUGCCCCAGAUUGCACAUUGGAUUAAAAAUAACAUAACAACAUAAGGUUGCAGCCUGUAAAAACACCAUCUUCAGGUUUUCACCCCUUCCACAAAGGACUCACUGCCUUGAAAGUGCAGUGAAGUCUAGGUGCACAACUCUCAUUGUCACCUGUUGAGUAGUGUCUGUGACAUCAGAGGUGACCUAUGAUCCGUCUUCACUUUGACCAUGUCACUAACUUACUUACAUUAGGAAUAGAUGAAGACCAUUAAAGCCACACUAACCCACCUAAGGCUUUCUGACUUCCUUCUCUUUGUCUUCUUCCUUUACCUAUACUUCUGUUGAUUCCGGGUCCAGCAUUGAUGCAACCGUCCUUUUUUUAAACAAACAAGCAAAAGCAAAAACAAAAAACCCAAGACUUAUUUUUUAAAAUUUAGGAAUUAGGUAAACUUCCCCAGUGAUAUCCUGCCCUAUCCCAUCCCACUCAGCAAAGAAGAGCUGUUUCCCUUCCACAAAUGCAAAUUCUCUUUUCACUGCAUUUGGACAGGAGACUGCACUAUUCUUGCUGAAUGCAGGCUAAUGUAACUUUAUUCUAAAGGCCAGAAAGCCCCAUUUUCUUAUCUGGAAAGAGCCUCAGACAGGAAAAACAAAGGCAAGUCAGAAAGACCAGGUUUGCCGCAGGAACAUUUUGACUCGUCAUUCAUGAAAGGGGCAGGAAGGCUACCACUAGCUGCAACCUGCCGUCACAAUUCCCCACAAAUGGCCUCUGAUGGAUUUGGCUGAGUCAAUCCUUUGGUGCCUUUUGAUGGUAUUCAAAAUACCUUAAACGCAAUGCUUCCAAAAUGUGGUAUUUGCAAACCAAAUUGAAUCUGAGCUUUCUUCUGCAAUUCCUGCAAUUUUAUUUUGUUUUUGUUUUUUGUUUGUUUGUUUGUUUUAAAUGUUUUAGUUCUGAUUUGCUUUGGAUAAGAAAACUCAGAACAGUUCUCUUUUAAUCUCUUGCAUGUCAUAAAUAUAUAUGUGUUGAUGGGGCAGACCCCUUUUUUCUUCUAGUCGUAUAUUUUUUAAAGUAUUGUUUGUUUGUUUAUUUAUUUAUUUAUACCGUCAUUUUUUUCCCUUUCUUUUUGAGAGAGAAAAAAAGAACUCUUUAGUUAAAACUGUAUGGCUUUUAAAAGAACUCAAACAAAAAUAACCACCAAACCAUCUUGUAAUGCUAUUAUUAUUAUUAUCCUUAGCACUCGGCUGCUUUUCUAAGAGAGGUUGCCCAUAGAUGGGCAGUAUGAAGAUUUAACUCAAAUAGCUCUUCAUCUUUGCAUGGUAAACUGUCCAGUUCUAAUACAAGGAUAAUGCCGGUCCUGCCUUCAUUUGAUCAGUUUGGGAGGUAAAAAAAAGUGGGGUGGUGGGUGGGAUUGGAGGGGGAAAAAAUCAAAUAGCCAAUUCUACAAAAAAUAAACUUAAUUCUUUCUCUAACAAAGGCAGGUAUUAGAAGAUCAAUGUGCUUUGCAUUUUUCUGAUUGUAAAAACUUUUGUGAUGGUUGCGGUGAAGCAUACAAGAAUUCCCGGAUACGUUUUUUGGUAGAAUGAUUGAAAAAAAAAAACCACUUUUUUUCCUGAUCUGGGCUACCAAGGCUUUCACUUUAUAAAUGAAAUUGUGACCACAGAUUUAUGAAGAAGAUAUCACAUUUGUGUGGUUAUCCAGAACACUACAAGGGAGGGGACAUGAAAAUCCUGGAAACAAGAGGAAGUUUAAACAUUUGGAACCAAAUUUUUUCACUAAUAUACCACUUGCAACCUUGUCCUCUCUUCAUAAGACUGAUGAGGACAUGGUUACAUUAGUGGUUUUGCCUUGUUUGAAGGAGUGAUUACAGGACAAAAAGUAUUUGUGGCUUAUAAACUUAUGGCAAGUAAACGGCUUUCAGAAGUAGCCUCUUUUUUGUUUAAAGAAAAAUGAUUUAAAAAAUUGAUGGGUCAUUUUUCUAUAAAAAGAAACAAAAAUAACAAGCCUACAUUCUGGUACCAGAAGAAGCAUUUUUGCCCAAGUUGCUCUGAUGUGAAGCUACCCAUUAUUAAAUGUUGAGCAAUUCAGUUCAAAGGUCUGGCUGAACCCCAAGCGUUGUCUAGAUCAGCCUUCCCCAAUCUGGUUCCCACGUUUGAAGAGUGGCAGUUUGGGAAAAGCUAAUUUAAAUAUAGAACUUCUGACAUCGUUUAAUCUCACAUGUGCUCCUAUGAAGAGAGAAUAAAGGUGAUGUGUUUUAUGGAAAGUAGUGUCUUUGCUGAAUGCCAGAGUAAAUCGAGCAUUUAGCCAUCUUUGGAGCAGCGCUCAGACAGCAUUGGUUAAAGGGCAGUCAUCCCUCAAGGUUUGUCAGCCAAAUCUGGUAUUAUUUUUAUUUACUUAUCAUGUUUUAUGGCCGUUCAUCUAGGAGUUUGGGCAGUGUACAAAAGUAAAAUUCUUAUAAGGAAGUCAGCGAUGGCGUAUCAAACAUAGUUAUGAACCAGAGAAGGCUAUGGAUGUUUGCAAAGGGUUCCUCGCGCUCUUUGAUUUUAGUUCUUCUCACUGUAUUAUAAACUACUGUUGAAUCUCUUAAGCAUUUUAAAAUACCUCAUCAAACACCGCACUGCUCCUGUUAGAACAUUAUACAUCCAACUGCCUGGAAAGAGCUUACAGGAGAAUUCUAUGAUCCAUAUUAUGCAUGUAUUCCCUGGGUGGUCCUGUUGCAAUGUAGUCAUUCACAUUGUGUUUCAUCAUGCACAGUUGGAUCCAGAUUGCCUCAGAUUAUCUUUUUUCUUUCAAGGGUACCCCGGAGAGCGUAGCACACAGAAACACUCAGGGACCAUGAAGCUGUUAAAUUAUUGGACUAGGGUGUUAAGGAUUUUGAAAAUCAAUUCACAUUUACUUUUCCUUCCUGUGAUAAUGCCCAAACUUGGUAUAGAGCAGGGGUCUUCAAACUUGGCUGUUUUAUGACUUGUGAACUUCAACUCCCAGAAUUCCUCAGCCAGCGUGCCUGGCUGGGGAAUUCUGGGAGUUGAAGUCCACAAGUCAUAAAAGGACCAAGUUUGAAGACCCCUGAUACAGAGGACCUGGUCCUUUUCCAUAUGCUGGCUAAAGAUAGGGCUUAACUUUUUCAUUUAUUAAAAAGGUUCUUAACAUCAGGCACAUUCAACAGAGAUAGUUUACAAAUUAAGUGGGCAUUUCUGGUACCGUUGAGCGCAUGUGAAACCCAAAAAUCUGCUCCAUAGUGUAUGAGAUUACAACAGAUGAGGACAAACAAUAUUAUCCCACAGUGUACUAAAGGUCUUCAGCUUUCUUGAUGCUUCAAAGAAGCAAAAAAACUAAAAACAAAUCUGGAAGAGGAAAAAAAUACCCCAGGUUGAGAAUGUUAUGCCCUCCAAAACAUGCAAGAUAGAAGAUUUCUUGUAUACUAGAACAUCAGCCUAGAAUACAUCACAGGUUCGUGCUUUCCAGAUGCUUCAUGUCUGCAACUCUUAGAAGACGGUGGAAUCUAGAUAUUCAAGAUGUUGGACUCAACCUAACUGGAGCUGCCAUAUUAUAGAAGAUGCCUAAAAAAAUGGCCUGGAGGAAAGAAUCAAUUGAUCUGGUAUAGUCAUAUGUCUGAAGAGCCAUAAGAAAGCAGAGGAUAAUCCCAGAGACUAUGAUUAUGGUUCUUAAAGCUAUAAAUAUGGUUUCUAAGAGAAACCUGUCAACCUAUCACCUAAGUGAAAGACUAUUCUUGUAUGGCAGUAUUAUAAAACCUCAUAAUUUCAAAUGGCUCAUGGUUGUUGUAAUUAUGUUUACGUUUGACUACUAGCUUUGUUUGUUUUAAGAAUUUCAAGUAAUUUGAUAAAAACUGGUGAAACACAAUGAAGACUUUUGGGGGUUUUAAUAUUGUGUCUAGUUCACAUACUACUAUAAUUUAUAUAGAAAAACCUGUUAUUUUUUGCUUUAUUUCUUGAAUUUAUUCCCAAAAUAACACUCAAGCCCACUAAUAGUAAAAAAUAAAGUGGGGACAGUUAGAAACAGGAUAAAAAUGCUCUGUGGUUGGUGAGAGAAGGUUAUGAGGAACAAGCUUUCUUGUUCUGCCUAUGAUGGCAAAAACAUAUCUCUUUACUGUUGAAAAUUUUUAUCUGGAUCACCUUUGCACCAGAAACUCUAAUUUAUAAUUACAUAAAUGAAUUAUUCUUGGUCUACCAAGUACAACCCCAACAUAUUUGGGGUGCAGCUUGGCUGAUUUCCUGAAUACCUGCAACAGGGCAACAGAGAUCUUCAAGAAGUGUAUUAUGGAGACACGUGGAUGGUUUUGCUGGCUGUCUUACAAAAUGUGGGAGAACAAUGUGGCAUGAUUCCUUGUUACAAAUAGGCAUCCAUAAAGACUCCCCAAAUCAUAACAAGUCACAGUCAAUACUAAGUUCACUGAAGCAAGAAACAUUUUUCAUCCUAGUUAUAACCCCAACAGCCCAGCCUCAGCACUCAAUAUUUCCCAUAACAAGGCUAUGUGAACCUGUGAUCUAAAUCUCUGAAAAUGAAGAGACCAAAAUUUCCCCUUUGAGUUUGUUGGGGCCAGUUUCCUCAAGUCCCGCAUCAGGAGUGCCUUUCUAAACAACUCGAGAUCGACAGUUCUAAUUAAUGGGGUUGCCAGUUAGCACAUUUCAUUGGUGAAAGAAGUUAAUUGUAGGUUUCUCUUGUGUCUUGUAUUCAUCUCCUAAAAGAUAGAAAUUUGGUUUCAAUGUAUCAGGAAAAAUGAAGAUUAAUAAAUGAAACCUUCUCCCA